GGAGCCACGUCUCUGCUGGCCGAGGGCAGAGCGGCGAUUGGCGUCCGGGGGCUGCUGGGAAGAUGGCGGGCUCGGUGGCCGGUCGAUGAGGAGGCCGCGGGGGGAGCUCGGCUCCCGGGCCCCAAGACCGACUGAGGGAGCGACCUGCGCGGGGCCUGGGGAGUCAUGGUCUCCAUCACCCAACUCCAUGCUUCGAGUCCUGCUUGCUGCCCAGGCCUCUGCUGCUCAGCUGUCUGGCCUGCUGCUGUUCCCACCAAUACAGCCCUUCUGUCUGGGGCCCAGCAAGUGGGGGGACCAGCCUCCUGGAGGAGGCCCCCACACAGGUCCUGUGCAGGGCCUGCAGCGGCUCCUGGAACAGGCGAGGAGCCCUGGGGAGCUGGUGCGCUGGCUGGGCCAGAACCCUACCAAGGUGCACGCCCACCACUACCCAGUGGCGCUUCGUCGUCUGGGCCAGCUCUUGGGGUCUCAGCCACGGCCCCCGCCUGUGGAGCAGACCUCACUGCAGGACUUGAGUCAGCUCAUCAUCCGAAACUGCCCCUCCUUUGACAUUCACACCAUCCACGUGUGUCUGCACCUUGCCGUCUUACUUGGCUUUCCGUCAGAUGCGCCCCUGGUGUGUGCCCUGGAGGGGGAGCGAAGGUCACGCCUCCCCCUGAAGCCUCCUCCCCCUCUGCAACCUGUCCUUCGUGGUGGGCAAAGGUUGGAAGCUGCUCUGAGCUGCCCCCACUUUCUGCGGCAUCCACAGCAGCACCUCAUCCGAAGCUUGGCAGAGGCCAGGCCAGAGGAACUGACUCCCCACGUGAUGGUGCUCCUGGCCCAGCACCUGGCCCGACACCGGUUGCGGGAGCCCCAGCUUCUGGAAGCCAUUGCUCAUUUCCUGGUGGUCCAGGAAGCCCAGCUCAACAGCAAGGUGGUACAGAAGUUGGUCCUGCCCUUUGGGCGGCUGAACUACUUUCCCCUGGAACAGCAGUUUAUGCCCUGCCUUGAAAGGAUCCUGGCUCGAGAAGCAGGGGUGGCCCCCCUGGCCACUGUCAACAUCUUGAUGUCACUGUGCCAGCUUCGGUGCCUGCCCUGCCGAGCCCUGCAGUUUGUCUUUUCCCCGGGUUUCAUCAACCACAUCAGUGUCCCCUUGCCUGUAGGCACCCCUCAUGCCCUGAUUGUGCGGCGCUACCUCUCCCUGCUGGACACGGCUGUGGAGCUGGAACUCCCAGGAUACCAGGGUCCCCGCCUUCCCCGAAAGCAGAAAGUGCCCAUCUUCCCCCAGCCACUCAUCACUGACCGUGCUCGCAGCAAGUACAGUCACAAGGAUAUAGUGGCGGAGGGGCUGCGCCAGUUGCUGGGGGAGGAGAAAUACCGCCAAGACCUGACCGUGCCUCCAGGUUACUGCACAGACUUCCUGCUGUGUGUCAGCAGCUCUGGUGCUGUGCUUCCUGUGAGGACCCAGGACCCUUUCUUACCUUACCCUCCCCGGUCCUGUCCCCAGGGCCAGGCUGCCUCUCAGCCCACUGCCCAAGACCCUGCCCAGAGGGUGGUGCUGAUGCUGCAGGAACGCUGGCAUUUCUGCCGGGACAGCAGGGUGCUGCUGGGCUCACGGGCCCUGCGGGAACGGCACCUGGGCCUGCUGGGCUACCAGCUUCUGCCGCUACCCUUUGAGGAACUGGAGUCACAGAGAGGCCUGCAUCAGCUCAAGAGCUACCUGAGACAGAAGCUGCAAACCUUGGGCCUCCGCUGGGGUCCUGAAGGGGGGUGAGGGGAUGCACAUGGGGUUCACGAUGGCUCCCCUAUGGGGGGGUGGACAGUUUGCACUUUGGCUUCCUCUGUUUUUGUUCAUUAAAGUCCCUUCCUCCU